UGCUCCUCGCAUGAGCAGUCCCAUCUCUCCCCAACUCUAAAAAAAUAAUCAUCCCCUCACGUGUUUACAGAUCAUCCACUCGUUCUCAAAGUGAUCAAGUGAUUGAAAUAAUCGUGUUGUGCAACUAUCAAUAAUCAAACUCGAUAAAUCGGGUUAUAAUCGAGCGCAUUUUUAUUCAGUACUUGUUAUCCGGUCAUAUUUAUGGGGGUGGUAGGCGGAGAUUGCGCCGUCAAAGGUACCGGCGGCAAAAGCCAUUCCUGUCACUGCUGCAGUCGUGUUUCAAGUGACGGACCCACCGUUUUGUUAUCACACAAUCGGAGGAAUUAUCGGGGUGAUAAGGAGGGCUUCGAGGGAGAUUUACCCUCUCCCAGUGGCAAAGGAAAUCCACCCGACAGCAAUAUCCUAGCACCAUUGAGGAGCAAAAUGAAGGUCCUCAAGAAAUUAAAGAAGAAAAUGGGUCUAGCACCAAGAUCAUCAAGCGCAGGAACGAACAACCUGCCUCCCCUGACAUUUCACCAUCAAGUCCACGGGGAUAAUAUAACUCUGUGCAAUGGUGGUACAAUAGCGAGAAGACACGAGAGUUUCUGCAAAGGAAUAACAUUCAGCACUCGGCCCGUUCGCAUCGGUGAAAAGGUCUGUGUGAAGUUCCUGGAGAUGUCGAACAACUGGUCAGGAGUGAUAAGAUUUGGAUUUACCAGUAAUGAUCCGAUUCACUUGCGAAAUUGUCUUCCAAAAUUUGCGUGCCCAGAUUUGACGAAUAAACCCGGUUACUGGGCAAAAGCACUUGCAGAGAGAUUCGCUGCUCAUGACACAGUCUUAUUUUACUACGUAACGUCAGCUGGUGAUGUACACUUUGGUGUUAAUGGAGAGGAAAAGGGUGUUUUCUUCGGUGGUGUUGAGACAAGGGGACCCCUGUGGGCUGUUAUCGAUGUUUAUGGAAAUAGUACAGCUAUCGAAUUGGUUGAUCCCAACAGACAGCACUUCAAUAAUAUUCGCAGAGGGGCUGAACACAGUAAUGAAGAUAAUGCACAGCCAAGCAGACACACGGCUAUGGAUGAUGCCAGUAAUGCCGGAAGGGAUGUUGUUGAGAGAAUUAUUGUACCGUCUAUGCAGAAUGUCUGUAUACACCAUGAGCCUGAUGUCGAGCUGCCUGGGCUCAGGUUUCAACCGCCUGGAGUACUAUUCGCACCUCUACCUUUUCAUCCGACUCGUGGCCGAAACAUAAGAUUCAGCAAUCAGCAGUGCGUGGCAACGCGUUCAGACACAGAAUUCUGUCACGGUUAUGCUUUCACGAGUCGUCCCCUUUUGCUGGGUGAACGCCUGGUGGUGCAAGUGCUGUCAACAGAGCCGAUGUAUGUCGGUGCACUUGCCCUGGGCCUGACAUCGUGCGACCCAUCGAGACUGACCCCCGAGGAUCUACCGGACGACAGUGAUCUCCUGCUUGAUCGCCCAGAGUACUGGGUGGUCUCUAAGGACGUGGCAUCGAGCCCCCAACCAGGUGACGAGAUCGCCUUCACUGUCACCCACUACGGCGAGGUCCAGAUGUCGAAAAACGGUGGCCCCCCAAACGUUGUGAUGCACGUCGACGAGAGUCUCCAGCUGUGGGCAUUUGUCGAUGUCUACGGUAGCACCCAGAGAGUUAGAAUGCUCGCAAGCAGACCAACAUCACCUCCACGACAACGUCAAGUUGUCAAUUCACCAGCUCCACCCCAGCAGCAGUCAAAUCACUCAAAUGCAGCAACAGAGCUCUCCAGGUUCUCAGAAAUGGUGCAGUUCAAGCCGACAGUUGGUGGUGGUACAGUUCUGGUCGUAAACCUUCCACCCCAGCCAGGAUAUCCAGCAACACCUCAGCCAAUUUAUGGUACAACAGGUGUAAGAAAUUCACCGAGCUUUCACUCAAAUCCAACCCCAACACCAGCACCAACAGCUGCUGUCUCUCCAGUUAAUCAUCAUUCUGGCAAUCAUGGAAGACAGAGCACAUCACCACCUCUUCUCACUGGUACCAUGAGCAGCACUGGAUCAUCUACGUAUGUUGAUCCUGUUAAUUAUCAGAGCAUUGAUACAUCAACACUGGCUUCACAGUCAUCGCAUCUGCAGCAGUGGAGUGAGAGACUCCAGCCAACACCUGGACAGCCCAGUGAGUGCUCCAUCUGCUAUGAGAGAAAUAUUGACUCGGUGCUGUAUAUGUGUGGGCACAUGUGCAUGUGUUAUCCUUGUGCUAUUCAACAGUGGAGGGGAAAGGGAGGAGGACACUGCCCUCUCUGCAGGGCACCCAUCAGGGAUGUUAUCAGAAUUUACAGGUCGUGAAGGGGAUUUUGGAGUUUUUUCUUUUCUCAAGGGUUUCGCGCCGGCGCGAUUACUUGGCAGGACCUCGGGGGGUUUGGAAGAUCUUGAGAGAUCCUGAGGGGAUUUCUGGGGAAUUCCUUGGGAAUUUUCGGGGGCCUCAGGCCUCAUGAGGAGAUUUGUGAGGGCCUCAGGGGUCUUGGAGGGUUUUCUGGAGGCCUGAGAGGUCCUUGGAGGACUUCUGGGGCUCGGGGAGUCCUGAGCGACUCUCGAGGAUGAAGGGAAAUGGAGUUUUUGAAAUUCGUCUGAUCGUAUCAAUACCCUGAGGAACAUUCGUGAUAAUUUUCGGGGGUUAUUUUGAGGGUAAAAUUAGGGCUUUUUAAAGAUUGAGAGAGAACGCGACAGACUGAGUCUAGGCUCUUAUUACAGGACUUUAUGAGUGUUUUUUACGUCGAUCAUUAGUAGGCCACGUUUUUUACACCGAUUGAUGCCAACUGUCAAUGUUUUUUGCCAAGGUUAUUAUCUUCUUUUUUUUGUAUCUUUUUAUUUUGAUAGGUUUUAGGUUUAGGAGCUUUUCUUGAGAUGGGAUAUUUGUUGACGAAUUUGGUCCACAGUAUCGUUUUUUUUUUAUUAAGCUUAUCAGUUAUGGAAUUACGUUAGGGUAAGUUAGGUAAUGCCGACAUCUCAAGCAGAAAAUAUGGAGGGAAAUCAUGCAAUAGUUAUUGUAAAUUCAGGAGAUGAGGGACAAAACGAUGUUUGAGUUUUCUUGUCGGGAAUAUCUUGGAAUCUGGAGGAGUUGGAAAAAUUUUUGUAGGACCUUUUUUGCAGAGAAUUUCACCAGCUGCAAAAAAGGUUAUACACGAAUUGUUGUAUCUCCAGGAGUUGUUAAGAUAUUCCUUAAAAACUGAUCGCAGUGUUUUCAGUUAAUGAAAAUAAACGUGGAGUCGGUUUUUGCUGGAUAUCUCGGGAUCGAUGGGGGAUGGAGGAAAAUUUUGUAGGAACUUUUUUGUAGGUGAAGAAAUUUUCCACAAAAAAGGUCCCGUACAAAUGGUCGUAUCUCCAGAGGGUCUCGAGGUAUUGGAGAAAAAUUAAUCGUUUUGUGACUUCAUUGCUGAAUAAUUCAUCACGUUGGCAUUCUCAUGUUCUUUCCUCAACUCCUAGUUCUCCCCCGUCAUUUACCAAAGAACCUCCAUAUCCACUGAUUCAUUUGAUGAUGAAACCCGUAAUGGUAUGAGUAUGAAAAAACAACGAGCCAGAUUACUGACGAAAUGAUCCCACGAGGCAAUUUGUCAAUUUGUUUUUAAAAAUUUCAAUAUUUCCACGAUGAGAGCCAGUAGUAACGCUAGACACUGGAAAUAUCGAGAUUGAUAAGACACUGGAAUCGAGGAUUGUUUAUCACCUUCAGGGCCUCGAUCACUGCCAAAUAAAUAAUUAACUGUAAUCCGUGCUUUUUUGUAGUAUUGCGCGGUCCAUUCGGUGCCUUUGAUAACGGUAAUCGAAUUAUUCCUAAUGAAAAACAAUAAUUGAAGAACAAUGACACUUUUCACAUUUUUUUAAUUUUUUUUUUUCGACGAAGUUGGCGAAUCAUAGCUGAAGAAUUUUUAACGUAUGGAUAAUGUACAGAAUUUUUUGACAGAGGUUAACUUAACAGACUGGGUCGUUAUCUUUUAUCGUAAAUUAACUGAUCUAUUCGGUAAUAUUUAUUAUUUUUUUUCGGUAGAAUUUCCAAUUGUAAUUAUAAUUUAUACCCCAAAAUUAUCGAGAAUGCAGUUUUUCGGGGAUAUCUGUGAAUAUCUUGGAAGCCAUUGAACUUACGACUUUUUUCAACUGAAUGCUUUUUUUUCGUUUUUUUAUUCUCUACGAAAGAUAUGGAGCGAUUUUUUUUAUAGCUCUACUGGGUAUCGAGAUAUCGCCGAAAAACUGAUUCUCUGCAAGAAUUAGGUUUAAAAAAAAUUGUUCAAGUAUAAUAAGGCUUUUCUCAGUGUGCGCUAAUGCUCGGAGGGUUUUUGACACUUCGGGUGCAUCAGUCAGCGCAGAAACUAUAACAUUAUCAUGAAAAAAAAAUGAAUGAUUGUCACGAAUGGUGGACACGCAAUAAAGCAGUAGUGAAAUCUCUAGUCCAGCGAAUGGCAGCUACUCCUCUGCCUGAAUGAAUUUUAAAAAAAGAUGAAAGAAAUUUAAUAAAGUAAGAGUAUUUGGUUUAAUGUCAUGAAGAAUCAUCAUUUGGAAAUAUGUAUCAAGUGCAUUUUAUGACUAUUCCAUAUUUAAAUAAAUGAAAUUGAAAAAAUGAAA